AUGCAGCCCCCGUGUUCGCUGCAGCUCGGCCCCUGCGGUCCCUCUCCCUCCCUGGGAUCGCAGGGCAGCACGGCCAGCCUCCAGCACCUGGGAGAAAAGCAGCUCUUUGAGAAGUUUUGGAAGGGCACUUUCAAGGCUGUGGCCACCCCAAGACCAGAGAGCGUCAUUGUUGCCAGCAUCACGGCUCGCAGGAGGGUGACUGACUCAGAAACAACGGCCUGCCAGCCGCUUAAGACCGAUGAAAGGAAAUUGGCGGACACCAGGGUGGACACCGCUGACAGAAAUGGCUGCAUCAAAGGAAAAGGACGCAAACAUCACAGUCAUCGCAGGGUCAGGAGCCCCUCCUUUGAUGAGGAAGUCUCUCCUCGGCCCAAGGGGAAGAAGAAGAAGAGAAAGUCUGAUCGGAAGAGGAAAAGGAAAAGGUCUCCUUCCCACAGCCUGUCGCCACUGAGGAAGAAGAAAAAGAAGAAGAAGAAGAGCUCCAAGAAAAGCAAGCGGCAUAGGUAUACCUCCAAGAAGUCCAAACACAGCUCUUCAAGUUUAAAACACAAGAGGAAGGAUGAUCGCAAGCCCAAGAAAAGUUCCCGGACUCACUCACGACGGAGACGCCGCUAUCGGAGGUCAGAGUCGGACAGUUCUUCCUGGCAGUCUUCCACAGAGGACAGAAACCAUCUGCAAAAAUCUGUGGUACAUCAGGCAUUAGGAGACCUGGCAGCUGUAGGAGAGGAAACUGAUGGAGUGCUCCACCACACGGACAUGAAGUGGAGACCUGCAACCAAAUCAGUGUGUAAAACGGCUCCAAAAUAUCGCUCCAUCCUCUCAACCGGCACCAUUUCGUCAUCAAAACCUGGAAGCGAGCUUUUACAAGGAAAAAGGUCUCAGCAUUUAUCGAGUCAGAUCGAAGGUCCGCACAAUUACGAUUCUGGGAAUGACACCUCCUCACCGCCAUCGAGCAAAACUGGUGUUUCCCGGGCAAGUGUCACUGACAGCAAGAGGAACCACUGUCAACGUCUGGCCUCUCCAGAGAAGCUAAAGUUCACUGACAGAGACAAUGCAUCAGAUUCAGGAAACUCUGUAACCAGCUACGCGUCCUUAUGCAAACCUUACGGGGAAGACAGUUUGUCUGCAACUCUUUUCAGUGGAAACGGAAAGAGAGAGCAGAUAACCUUGGGGUGUCGGGUAGAAGUUGUGAGACCUCCAAAAACUUCCAGCUGUUCACAGAGGACGAGUGAGUCAUCUCGAAGGCGACUGAAAACCCGGUCAUCCAGCAGCAGGAGCAGGAGCAGAUCUUCGGGGAGUUCCAGAUACUCCGGACGCUACUGUCGAAGCCCGUCGCUAUCAUCUUGCAGCUCAUACUCGCGCUCUUCGAGUUACUCAGCUGACCUGAGGCGACGAGGUAGCGUGGCCAGCCUGAGCUCCAGGGGAAGCUACUCUAGAUACAGUGCUGACAGACUACGAGACAGAAAGAGAGCACCUAGCUACAGAGAAGCAGAUGUGAAGCAUGCACAUAAGGUUAGUGGGAAGAGACGAAGACGUAAAUCCUACUCUCCUAUGAAGAAACGGAGGAGAGACUCGCCAAGCCAUCUGGAAGCACGCCGAAUCACAAGUGCCAGGAAGCGACCCAUCCCUUACUUCCGACCCAGUCCUUCUUCUAGCAGCCGGUCCACCAGUGUGUCAUCCUGGAGCAGCCUCUUCACACGCAGCCGCAGUCGCAGCCCGAUCCAUAGCAUUAGCCGGAGCAGGAGCAGGAGCAGGAGUCGGAGCCGGAGCCGGAGCCGGAGCCACAGUUACUCCUCCUACAGGAGCUACAGCCGCAGUUCAUCCUGGAACUCAAUCUUUGGGGCCCGCAGUCGCAGCCGGAGCCGCGGCUCAUUGAGCAAACGCAACAAAACCAGACAUUAGGUUUCACAGAGAACAUUAAGGGACUGAAGCGCCAGUCGGGUUUCCACU